AUGGCGGCGCUUAUGUUUACAAAUACACCCAGUAUUCAAAAAGCCGUAUCUUUGAUAAAUAAUUUGGAUAAUUCAAAAGUUUCUUUAUUGCUUUCCAGAAUUUUAUCAAAACUUUACGUCUCGGAAAGCAGACCGUUUUCAGAGGAGGAAGAAUCCAAGUUGCAAGGUGCUUUGGAUGUGUCAGGUGAUGAUCUUGGUCUGAUUUUGGAAACUUUGGAAUUUUUUGUUCAACAGGCAGCAUACCAUUCGGCAAAGCCUCAAGUUUUGGCCAGUCAGUUGAAAGGGCUUGAAAUAAAUGAAGAUAAAGUGGAUUGCAUUGUGGAAGUGUGGUCAAAUGGUGCUUAUGAAGUGAUUAAUAGACUUAAAAGUAAAGGGUUAGCCCCUAAAGUGUUAGAAGAUAUAAAUUGGAGACUUAAUUUACAGUUGGCACAAUCAUCAAAGGUGAAACUUAAAGCACCAAAUACUUUAAUAGAACUAGCAUUAAAAAGUGAAGAUAGUGAACAGAAAGAAAGAAUAAGAUUAGACUUUUCUCAUGAAGAACUUUAUGAAUUUUAUCAGCAAUUAGAGACUAUACAGAAGCAACUGGAUACACUUUUUAAAUAAUGUAUUAAAUACGGAAACUAUUUGU